AAUAGAACCGACUCAACUUGUAGACUCGUUCGCGUACACAGGCUCAGUACCGGCCAGUAAAAAUCCCGCACCCUGUGCUGCACGAGACCGCAGACUCAGCAGCGCAAUAAGCGGAGCGGGUGCACGCGCGCCUUUACAUGUGUUUUAUCGGCUUCAUGUGAGCAUUAAAGCGUAAACGUUAACGGUUUGCACAUGAGCGGAUGUUUGGGUUGAUCUUCGCCUCUAUAAAUAAGUGUUACAAAGAGCCGGAGGCGCGGCUGUGAGAUGGCGGACGGAGCGCGCGGCACCGAGGUCUCGCGCGCCCUGAACCGACGAUGACGGCAGCGCGGAGCUCGAGCGAACGCGGCGGAAGUGGAGUUGCAGACGGUGAUGGAGAGGGAAGCGCGAGAGCGUCCCGGGAUCAGGCCGGAGCCACGCACCUCAACAUCGGCGUGUUGGAGUCGGUCGCCACCGUGGGUACAGGCACUUUCGGCCGCGUGGUGCUGGUGCAGGAUCGCAAAUCCAAGGGCUACUUCGCGUUAAAGUCCAUGAAAAUCGUGGAUUUAAUCCGACUGAAACAGCAGCAACAUGUUCACAACGAGAAAGAAGUCCUUAUGGAAGUCAAUCAUCCUUUUAUCGUCAAACUGUUCUGGACUUGGCAUGAUGAUCGGUGUCUCUUCAUGCUGAUGGAGUUUGUACCUGGCGGUGAGCUCUUCACCUACCUGCGCAGUCGGGGAAAGUUCAGUAACGACACGGGCCUGUUCUUCGCAGCAGAAAUCAUUUGUGCACUGGAGUAUCUUCACUCUAAAGACAUUGUCUACAGAGACCUGAAACCAGAGAACAUCCUGCUGGACCGCGAAGGCCACGUCAAACUCACCGACUUCGGAUUCGCCAAGAAGAUGGUAGACAGGACGUGUACAUUAUGCGGAACACCAGAGUAUCUGGCGCCCGAGAUUAUUCAGGGCAAAGGUCAUGGUCUGGCAGUGGACUGGUGGGCCCUGGGUGUGCUAAUUUUUGAAAUGCUGUCUGGGUACCCCCCGUUUUUUGACGAUAACCCCUUCGGUAUUUACCAGAAGGUUCUCUCGGCCAAGCUGAACAUCCCUCGGCAGCUGGACUUCCACGUGAAAGAUCUCAUCAAGAAGCUGCUUGUCGUCGAUAAAUCUAAGAGACUUGGCAACCUGAGAGGAGGUGCCGAGGACGUGAAGAACCACAAAUGGUUUCGAUCUGUAGACUGGGACGUCGUUCCUCAGAGAAAACUAAAGUCAGCCGAUCAUCAUCCCUGCGGUCGCACACGAAGGCGAUCCGUCGAAUUUCGAGACUUAUCCUGAAGAAAAACGCAAAAAAGAACCUGCCGUUUCGCCGAGGGACCUGGAGAUUUUCAAGAACUUUUGAAUACAAACAGGGAUAUUGAUACUUAUUUAUGUCUUUUGCAUCUUUCCACUAAGGGCAUGUGCUGAUCAUCUCCGACACGCCGCAUCACGCUGCGUCCGACAUGAGCACAGGAUUCGUGCUCUUUAGUGUCCGGCGGUUUUGGGUGGCGUUCGAGCAGAACGUCUGAACAACACGGUUUACUGGUCUACAUGAACUUUCUUCACUAAUGUUCACUAAUAGUUCAGUUCUACACAAGCUCUGAACUGCAAAACAUGAAGAAAGAUCUACAUCAUUAUUCUGAUCGUGUUCGAUCGUCUUACGUCCGGUUUAUUUCUCGUCAUUCCAAUACAUCAGCUUGUUAUUUGGACUUAAGGACAUUAUGACUUUCCACUUGAACAUUUUGAGUUAUCUCAUAAAUCUCAUUAUUUUAACAGAUCACACUGGAAAUACAAUGAGUUAUAAAUCACUAGAAAUAACACCGUCGGAUUUCGGCUCAUGUGAUUUCGGCUCCUCUGUAGGAUGCCAGGAUUGGUUGUCAUGGUUACAGCUUCCCUGGGGUGCUUCUUCACAGCUCUGUUUGAAAGACUAGCAGAUAAACGCUCAGUGGCGAGAUCAAAAGUACAUUAUAAUGAAACAUCUGGCGAGGUGUGGGGCAUUGGCACAUGUCUGUUUCCACUUGGUCUUGUUCUCUUGUGUCAUGUGUAGAAUUGUAUCGUAGCUAUAAUCUAUGCACUUUGUUAAAUGGUUUUGUUUGUUAUGCAGAAUUCACAUAACCUUUAUCGUAAGUUAUUCCAAACGUACCUGUCUCUUCUCUGGGAAUGAUUAUGCAAAUUAUGUUAAUGAUCUAUGCAGAUCCAUUUGUUUAAGUCGCUGUGAUUCGAUCUGUCUGGAUGUGAUCGUGUUCCCUGCUGUAACUGUAUGCGUAUGAUGCUAAUGGAACUAACGUUAUAGCUACUCUUUGUUUGAUUGAUGUGAUGAGAUGCUUGAUUAUGGAAUAAAUUUUUCCAAAGAUA